UCUCGAAUUGGACCAGGUGCGUUGCGUUGUGCUUAAUUUUGAUACAACCUACAGCUUCUCCUACAUACUACAAUCUAGAGGCCAUACAAUCCACUCAUACAUCGUUGACGGGCCAUCGCUAUAAAAUCGACAGCACGGGGUAUCGCAGCCACACAGGCAAAGCUCUCAGUCCCUUCCAGACGCUCAUAUCAAGCAACAUUCCAAGCCAAACAGCUAGGUUUCCCCUCAGAUAGUUCGGCUUCCACGCCAACUCGAAUAAUUUUCAGCCUCGGCCAAGGACAUGCUUCCGAAUUGCGGUCUCCAGAGCCUGCGUGGCGUUCGUUCUUUUUUCGCCGUUUCACUGGGUGCCACAUCUGCGGUCUUCUCAGUGUUGGCAUACUGGUUGUCAGAGCUGCCGCCUCGAUAUGUCGGAGCCUCCUCUGCCUCAACGACGCCUGUUUCUGCCGGUGCUUCCACCUCUCCCUCUUCUGUUUCUAUUGGCUCUUGUUCUAGUGAAAACACCUCGGAAUUAUCAGGACCUUCUGCACUACUCCAAGUUUGGACCCAAGGGUUGGCGGUCAUAACUCUCUGCUCAAUGACGGCGAUCAUCUGUUUCGUCUCCGCUAUCUUCUCUAUGAGGCUAAUAUCACCCAUCAGCACACAUCGACCAACCCCGAUAGUGCAUCGAGACUCACAUAUUCAUCGCCACAAGCCUAGCCCUACAAUGCCCAUCAAAUCUCACUAUACUCGCCAGCUCAUUCUGCACCUCCUCCUCUAUAACCACCGUCCACAUCGACUUCUCCAGCCCCACCAUCGCCUCCAAGAUAGCAGCCAACGUGCUCCUGCCUUUGCUGUUCAUCUCAAUAAUAUUGGUGAGCAGGAGCUUCGUCUCCUCGACAGCCACUACCUUGCCGUACGCGUCUCCGUAGUGGAAAGCGCUGUUUUUGAGUAGAGCGAGCUCAUAGGCUGUUUGCAUGCACCAAGU